AUGUGGGCAUUUUUUCCUGGUGCUAUUGCUUUACUGUGUUCAGCAUUUUUCUUGUUCCUUCGCAACAGAUCCAGAAAAGCGAUCAAACUACCACCGAAUGUCUCUAGAGACAAGCAAUCUCUUCCUGUCAAGGGUGAAUCUGGAGUAUACAAAUCUGGCCUGCUCACUGAUGAAGACGAAAAUGUAAUUAUGGAUCUCUACCCGGGUAUCGACACGCUUUGGGAUGCUUUCAAUCGAGGAAUGAAGGAAAGUAAUGAUGGGCUCUGCGUCGGAACGCGCGCAUCUGAUGGAAAAUAUCGUUUCUGGAAGUACUCGGAGAUUCUGCACGAUUCCCAAAAUGUCGCGUCUGCAUUGAUCGGAGAUUUUGAAUUGAAGCCAGGUGAUCGAAUCGGCAUUUAUUCACAAAAUCGACCUGAAUGGCUUAUUUGCGCUUUGGCCUGCAUACAGCAGUCCAUAGUGGUGGUUCCCCUAUACGACACGUUAGGCGCAGACGCUGCCGCGUUCAUCGUCUCAGCGGCUGAUAUCAGUGUCGUAAUCGUCGAUAAAAUGACAAAGGCACGGAGCUUAGCGUCAAAGAAGAACGCUAUGGUUGCACUAAAAACCAUAGUGAUGGUGGAAAAACACGACGUCAGUGAAGUCGAAGAGAUGAGAUCAUCUGGGAUCAGACUCUUGUCUCUGAGCGACGUCAUCGAUUUAGGAUCAAAAAAUCCUCAACCACAACACCUUCCCAAAAGAGAUGAUAUGUACAUCAUCUGUUAUACCUCUGGAACUACUGGUACACCUAAGGGCGUUAUGAUCACUCAUGGAAAUGUAUUGGCGAACAUGAAUGGUUGGGCAUACAUGAUAAACAAAUUCGAACCAGAUAUCUUAAGCACAAAAUCGGUGGUUAUUUCUUAUCUACCUUUGUCGCACAUGAUGGAGCAGGUAACUCACUGGACGAUCCUUAUGUAUGGAGCACGCAUUGGCUACUUCAGUGGCAGUAUUCCGCAUCUCCUUGAAGACAUCGCAGCCCUUCGACCAACAGCGUUUCCAGUAGUACCCCGCCUAUUAAAUAGACUCUAUGGUGCUAUCCAGAGCCGUGUUCAAAAUGGCAGUUUCAUCACAAAAAUGAUCUAUAAAAUUGCAUACGCGAAGAAACUCGCCAUGUUGAAAAAAGGAAUCACAACGAAGGAGAGCGUCUGGGAUAGAAUGGUUUUCAACAGAAUUCAGGAACAGCUGGGUGGUCAAGUCCAACUAAUGGCCACAGGAUCAGCUCCGAUCUCUGCUGAGGUAUUACAGACCUGCAGAAUUGCACUUGGAGCAACGAUAUUGGAAGCCUACGGCCAGACAGAGUGUACUGCCAUGGCUACAGUUACCUGGCCUGGGGAUUGGACCGGUGGGCAUUGCGGAGGCGUUGCGCCAUGCUGCAAAGUGAAACUGGCUGAUGUACCGGAACUGAACUAUUACGCAAGCGACGGAAAAGGAGAAAUUAUGAUUAGCGGUCCAAGUGUUACCAAAGGCUACUAUAAAGAUGCUGAGAAGACAGCAGAGCUCUUCGAUGAACAAGGUUUUCUUCAUACUGGGGAUGUUGGAGAGUUUCUGCCAGACGGGACGAUCAAAAUAAUUGAUCGAAAAAAGCACAUAUUCAAGUUGGCGCAGGGUGAAUACGUAGCACCAGAGAAAAUCGAGAACGUCUACAUUAGUAGUCCUGUCGUACAGCAAGUUUUUGUUGACGGUAACAGCUUAGAACGAUGGCUUAUCGCCGUUGUAGUUCCGGAACCGAAAGUGAUGGAAGACUGGAACAAAGAGCAUGGGGUUCCAGCGCGAUCAUUAAAAGAAAUAUAUAUGGAUAAAAAGGCACAGGAAUAUGUACUCUCACAACUACAUCUAAUCGGCAAAGAAAAUAAGCUUAAUUCUAUUGAGCAGGUUAAACGAGUGUACCUCGAAGCGGAGCCGUUUAGUAUAGAGAAUAAUCUGCUAACACCGACGCUGAAAGCAAAGCGACCUCAACUGCGACAAAAAUACAAGGAGAUUAUGAAUAGGAUAUACGAUGAAAACAGAGAAUUGUAG